CGGCAUGUAGAUUGUUUAUGUGGUUUGUUUCGUAAACAUUCGCUCUCGUUGCAAUCGCACUUGCUUUUAUUUGGCCUGUUUUCUGCAAGAAAUAUGGAAGUAAAAGUGAAUAAAAAAGAGAAAUGCACAACAGAAGAUGAACUACAAUCGCUUUCUAAAGAAGAGUUAAUAGAUAAAAUCAAACAGCUUGAAUUACACAAAACACAACUAAAACAUAUUCUAAGCAGAUUUCAACAAACUCUUAUAGAAGAUAAUGAAGGCAAGCAGAAAAAGAAAAAUCGACCGUUCGAUUUUAGCAAGUGCUACAAACGGCACAUUAUGUUACGAUUUUAUUAUCUCGGUUGGGACUAUCAGGGUUUUGCAACGCAGGAAGAUUCCAUUGAAACGAUAGAGUAUCACUUGUUUGCUGCACUGAAGAAAGUAUGUCUGAUCGAGAGUCGUGAAACUUCGAACUAUAAUCGCUGCGGACGUACCGAUAAGGGUGUAAGCGCCUUUCAUCAGGUGAUAAGUUUGGAUGUUCGCUCAAAGUUUCGACCGGAAGAGCAGCUACAGGAGAGCUGCCUAGCGGCCGAGCUUGAUUACUGUUCGAUGCUUAACCGGGUGUUGCCGAACGAUAUUCGUUGCCUUGCCUGGAUGCCGAUGGUAAAUCCUGCGUACAGUGCACGCUUCGAUUGUCGUUCGAGGACGUACCGAUAUUUCUUUCCGCGAGGAAAUCUGAAUAUAGCUGCGAUGGAGGAAGCCACUCGCUAUCUGGUGGGAGCAAAUGAUUUCCGAAAUCUAUGCAAAAUGGACGUUGGAAAUGGAGUAGUUAACUUCGUGAGAAGCAUCGAUACAGUUUGCAUACGGUCGUGCCAGGUGGAUGGUAAGAGCGAUGCAAGUUAUGACAUGUUGUACGUCGAGCUAAAAGGUAAAGCAUUCCUAUGGCAUCAGGUACGAUGUAUUAUGGCUGUGUUGUUGCUGGUAGGAGAGGGAAAGGAAGAACCGUCGGUAGUUAAAGAAUUGCUAGAUGUUCAGAAAAAUCCCUGCAAACCACAGUACAGUAUGGCAAAUUAUGUGCCGUUAAAUCUGUACGAAUGUCUGUUUAACGAGAAAAGCAUUCAAUCUACCGGUGAGGAACAGGUGGCAUCAGAUGGUGGAAGCGACUUACGGGAAUGGAUCUACAAUGAUGAAAAUUUGCGACGAACAAUAUCCGAGUUACAGGGGUUGUGGACGAAACAAAGUGUGAAAGCAACAAUGAUUCGGGAGAUGUUGAAGACGUUGCAAGAUAAAUGCGCAGGACAUCGUCCAAUUUCGGAUCAAGCUGUACUUUUAACGGAAGGUGUAAGAAGUAAAGAAUAUUGUCCUUUACUUCAACGAAAACGAUGUGAAAGCCUGGAGAACCGCAUCGAACACUAUGCCAAGAAGCGACGCAUCGAGAUUAUCGUUAAAUCAAACGACAGUAACGCGGGCGGAAGUAAUGAACCAAUCCAGCAAGGUGAAGGCAUCAAUACCGACGACUGCUAAAACGUUGCAAGAUAAAUACGUGGGAGAUCGUCCCAUUUCUUAUCAAGCAGUACUUUCGAGGGAAGGUGUAGAAAGAAAUUUUGCCCUUUACUUUAACGACAACAAUGUGAUAGCCUAGAGAAUUGCAUCAAACACUAUGCCAAGAAGCGACGCAUCGAGGUUAGCAUUAAAUCAAACGACAGCAAUGCGGACGGAAGCGACGAACCGGUGCAACACGAUGAAGGCAUCAAUAAUGACGCUUAUGUAGAUCACAGUGUGACGAGAAUAGAGAAUUAGCUAGCCUAGCAAAC